AUGUACCACCACCACUCCCAGCAACAAGGGCCACAGCCCUUCUCUAAUGGGCCCAGGCCUCCUCAUCAUCAGCCACCUCCAAAUCAACAUCAGAAUCCAUCUCCCUCUAAUGUGCUGUCGCAGGCGAUGGGUUUCCAGUUUCCUCGUCCCACCCAGCUCCCUGAUGAGCUAGAGUCCGCCCUGGCUAUCCGGGGUGCUAGGGACAUGGAUCACCGUCUCAUCGACCAUACGAACCGACCGAACCAACACCAGAACCAAGGCUCAGGUUCUGGGAUCAGUCAACAUGGAAGCUACGGCUCUAACUCAAUAACACCCACCUCUGAUAAUCAGCCUGGCCACCAGCAAGGAGUAGACUGGUCAAACUACCAACCUCCAGCUAAACUGUUUGCCAAUCCUCUACCCAGUGCUAGCCACCAGUCCCAACGACACCAGGGGCCUCAACAGCAGCCACAGAGCAGCCAUGCUGGAACAAGCAUCCAAAACUGGACUUCCCCCGGAAGUGACUCAGCAACAUCCCAAUCCCGGCACCCCCAUGGUGGUGGGGGGGAUGGUCAGGCUUUGUACACACCAGAGAGUGCAGGGAGCAUCUUGGCUAGCUUUGGACUUUCAAAUGAGGACUUAGAAGUGCUGAGUCACUACCCUGAUGAUCAGCUAACACCAGAUACUUUACCAUUCAUACUCCGUGACAUCCAGAUCAACAAGUCAGGCAACCAGAAAACUGUUGCUCCCUCCUCCUCGUUUUCACGUAGCCAUGAUAUGUCACUGCCUCCUUCCCGCUCUUCACCAUUGGCCCGUUCACGCUCACCAGAAGUGCCCAGCCUUCUCACUGUUACACAGACGGCAGGUAAAGUCAUUGACUAUGGUCAUGCCAGUAGGGCAAAGGACGAGAGUGGUACCAGAGAGACUUUCAAAAGAGAGCCGCUGUCCAGUGAAAGGACAGUUAAAAUGUACCCAUCCUCGUCCUCCUCAUCAGCUCCAAAAUUGGAUAAAGUUGAAAGGCGGCAGAUUCGUUUGGAACAUAGUGAAUCAAGCAAGCACGGAGACCGGGACUAUCGCAGGACCAGUAGCGACCAUCGCAAGAGCAGUCGGUCACCUGGGAGAGAAUUUCCAUCAUCCAAAUCUCGUAAUCUAGACAGAGACUACAGGCGUGAAGGACCCAUACCUAGGCCCUCAUCUGAAACCAAGAACGAAGCUUCCUUGCGGCGGUCUCUCUCCUCUUCGUCUGGCUCAAAACCACGCAGCAGCAAGAAGUUACCUACCCCCACCAUGAUAAGUGAUUUCUCAGCUGUGUCUCCAAAGGUGUAUCCCCAUACCUGCUCCCUGUGCCACACACAGUGUGAUCAGGAAAAGGACUGGGUUGACCAUAUUAACACCGUCAACCACACUGCUGCCUGUAGAGACCUGCGCAACAAGUACCCUGACUGGAAACCAAACCUACCAAGUCGGAGUGGACGAUACGGCAGCCGUGCUCUGUGGGAUCCCAAGGAUCACUCUCCAUCCCAUUCUGCUUCUCGAUCCCUCUCUUGUUCUCCUACCCCAAGUCCUCCUCACGGCAAACGCAGGGUGGGUCGCCCCCACCCCCAUAGGCUUUCCACGGGGCCUUACUCUUCUCACCAUCAACCUCGCCACCAACACUACACAGGGGGGUCUUCUCGCAGUGGUGUUAAGCGUCCAUAUGAUUCAACCAAGUUCUCCCCUGACAUCAGAAGACAUCCAUCCUCCUCUAAGGCGGGUCAUACUUUCAAACAUGGACCAUUACAGUCCUCUGCCAAAAUGGUCAAGAGCGGGAAGAAGCCUGGAACAAAGACGACUAAGAUUGGAAUUGCCAAGGCUGCUGACAGAUCUGCCAAGCUUCCACCAGCCAAGAAGAAGAAAAAAAUGGUGACUCCAGCCUUCCAGGAUUUGUCUGUUGCAGAUCGUCUGGUUUAUCUGACAGGCAUUCCAAAAGAUGCGUCUGAGCAGGAAGUUACUGACUUGGUGGGGUCCUUUGGCAAGAUCAACAACGUGGUCCUCAUGCCAUGCUCCGAGGAAGAGAGCGAGAACAGUGAAGGACAAAAGGCAUCUGUAUGCUUGGUGAAGGCUGAAGAUGCCCAGGCUCUGGCUAACUCUCCAAAUCUCUCCAUCAGAGACCAACAAAUCACUGCUUUAAAAGCCAAGAAAGCUGAAGCCGGACCAUCCUCUGACAACAGAACCCGUACUUCAGGACAGGACAAAGGUGCUACUGGGGAAGACCCUGGAGGGGAUGCUGACCAGAAGACAUAUAAUGAGAAGGGCUUGGUGUUGAUCACAGGUUGUCCUGAGAGCAACUGGUCAGAAAAUGAUAUCAUCAACCUAGUCAAGCCCUUUGGAACUCCCUCUGACAUCAUCCAGGCACCACAAAUUGGAAAGGUACUGGUGUCAGUGCCAGACACAGAGAUUGCUCAAGAGAUGGUGAAAAUCUACACCUUCACGCCUGCGAAGAUCAACAACUGCGAGCUGAAGAUGAUCCAUCUCAAACAGCGUAUCAGUCUCGGCACACCGGUGGCUCUCUACAAUCUUCUGAUGGGAUCAGUGGACCCAUUAGAGAGUCCUGGUCCAGUAGGCUGGAACUGCCUGUUGGUCAUCAGUAAUGUUCCCAACACGCCAACCGGCUCUUCUGAGGUCCAGAAAUUGGUGCGACGCUUUGGUACCGUCAUUAAGACCGUAGUGCUCAACAAUAUGGUCAUUUGUGAGAUGGCAACUGCAGCUAUGGCCUUGUCUGUUUACAAACGUUUCCAGACGUUUCCGUGCAUCAUCCAGAACAACCCUCUGUUUUUCUCCCGCAAGCCUGACCCCAAAGCCAACACACAGACCAAAGUCACUGCAUACCCUGAUUCAUCUGAGGAUACACCUGCGAAUGGCAAAGGCAGCCAAGCAGCAACAGCAGCAGCAUCUGCAGACAAAGAGACUUCUGAAUCUCCAUUGGAGGUGAUUGAAAAAGCCGUUGAUGGGAAGGAUGAGAAGACGAAGAACACUGAGGAGACUGUUGGUGAAGGCAAAUCUUUGGAAGAAAACUGGAGCGAAGACGACGAGAUAAAAAAAGACAAGCUUGCUGUUGAUCUUUCGGACUCAUUGGCUGCACCGCCAGCCGAACCAGGAGCAGACUUGGAGACCGACAUGAGGGACAAAUCAGCGGUUAAAACUGUCGUGGAAACGGCAGAAGACGACAUAGGUGUCAAUGAUCCCACAAUAGGAAAUGACAACACUCCUGCUGGUGAAGAGACAAAGCCAUCUAGCUCUGAUGGCCAAGCAGCUUCACAGGAGAUGGCCAUUCAAGAGCUCCCUAAGGUUACUCCAGAGAUGGUUAAAGCACUGCUUGUGGAAUGCCGAACUAGAACCGCCAGCAAUCCCAACAACACAGCCCCUUCCACCAAUGGAGAACAGGGGGGGACACAAAUUGAGACAGAGCAGGGCGAAAAAGCCGCAGAGGGGACAAAAGAGCCAGCAAAGAACCACACAGAGGAGGAGGUGAAGAAGCAGGAGAGGGAGCGAAAAGAAAGGGAAGCAAGAAAGUUGAGGGAGGCGAGGGAGAGGGAGAGGGAGAGGAGGGUUUGGGAAAAGGAGGAGAGGACCAGGCGGGAGAGGGAGCGGGAUGAAAGGGCCAGGAGGGAGAGGGAGAAGAGGGAGGAGGAGAGGAGGGAGAGGAAGAGAACACACAGGGAAAGUGUGUCAGGGUCGAGGUCGUCUUGCAGGUCGGAAGGGUAUAAGCAAAGCUCCUGGAGGGACGAACUGUAUAACAACUCUGAAGCGGAGACCGAAAUGGUAGAGAAGAAGAAGAAGGAGGAAGAGGAGGAGGAUGAGGAGGAAGAAGAGUUUGGUGACUUCCCGUUCAACAUGAGUGACUUUGUGACUGUAGAUGAAGUUGGAGAUGUGGCCGACCUUCCUUGCUCUUCUCCUUCUCCCCCUGUUCCCAUGGAAGCCACAGAUGGAGGGGAGGAUGCUUCCACAUCAUUCCAACAGGAUACUCCAGGGGACACGCCCGUGGAGGUUACCCCAGAAUCAACGAUGUCAGAUGCCCCAGCAACACUGGUGAAGUCUGAGCACGUAUCAGAGUCUGAACCUGUGGCUGUGCCUAUCGCUGAGACUUUAGAUGGUUUAGAUUCAAAACCCAGACUGGUUCUUAUCGCUGCAGCAUCCCCCUCUCCGGCGUCACAAGCUGACUCAUCACCCAGCCAAACGCAUGUGCCAAUUUGUCAAACGGAAGCACCUCAGAUCAAAACUGAGACUGAAAUCCCAUCUCAGGCUGAGAGCCCACCUCAGACUGACAUCAAAACUGAGACUCAAAUCAAAACUGAGACUCAGAUCCCACCUCAGACUGAGAUCCCACCUCAGACUGACAUCAAAACUGAGACUCAGAUCCCACCUCAGACUGAGAUCCCACCUCAGACUGCCAUCAAAACUGAAACUCCGAUUCCACCUCAGACUGAGAUCAAAACUGAGACUCAAAUCAAAACUGAGACUCAGAUCCCACCUCAGACUGACAUCGAAACGGACACAGAAGCCACACUGGACUCCACCACUGAGGUUGAACCCCUUCUCGAACCUGCCCCCGCAGCUUCAGCUGCGCCGGCUGACUCCUCCUCAAACAGCCCAGCAACAGGAGUAGUGACUUCAGAGAAUGAGCGGGAGAACGAUGCUCUUAAUUGCAGUCAGGUUAAGAAGGAGGAGAUGGUGUUGGACAAAACGGAGGAAAAGGAGAAGAUGCAGGUUGAAGAGGACAAAGAGACCGGAGCUCCUGCUGGGGAGACAGUGAAGCGCAAGAGGUCUGAAGAUCAAACAAACGCUGAAGAGGAGAGUGUGAAGACGAAAUUAAAGACGGCCACUCCCAUGAGUACAGACUCCCUCCCUCCUUUUGAUCCCAGCAGCCCAGUUGGUAUGGAUUUCUUGGUCCCAAAGACGGGUUUCUUCUGUAAGGUCUGCAAUAGGUUCUUCAGUGGAACCAAAGAGGCAGAGAUAACUCACUGCAAAACGCUCAAACACUACGAGAACCUACAGAAAUACCUGCAGACCACGAAGACAGUAAAUGUGACUGUCAAACCUGUACCCAUCUGAAUAGAGAUAUCAAGUAUUGACUGUAUUCACCAUUCCCCUCCUGUUUUUGUCUCUUCAUUUCUCACUAAGGGUCCAGAUUAUCAUUGAUGUAGAUUAGUCUCAUGUCCUGUCUAAAUUGGAUAUCUGCUCUAGACUUUUCAUGUACAAUUAAGAUAUAUGUGUAGAAACUGUGUACAGUGGAAGAUGGCUGGUAGUAAGAAGUGUGCAAAAUCAAUAAAACGUUGUACUAAA